ACAAGAGCGGAUCUCAUACACACACACACACACACACACUCACCUACACACACACACACACACACACACUCUCUCUCUCUCGGGCUACAGAGUAGUCCCGGGUUUCUGUAGAUGAGCGUAGCGGGGGUGAGUGGAGUGGAGAGUGUGUGGAGGAGUGUGUGGAGGAGUGUGUGGUGUGGAGUGGGCAGUUGCAGGCUGCAGGACCUGCCCCGGGGCAGCAGUGUGACCGUGCAGCGCUUCAUCCGGACACCUUCACCGCGAAGUUCGUUUUUCUCCUGCGCGUGACGGACCGAGCCAAGCCUGCGGUGACGUCAUCAGCCGGGGGUGAAUCCUACACACCAGGGAAUCUUAUACCGUGUGUGUGUGAGAGAGAGAGAGUGUGUGUGUGAGUGUGUGUGAGUGUGAGUGUGUUCAGUAUGGGGCAUCCUCCUCUGGAGUUCAGUGACUGUUACUCUGACAGCCCGGAUUUCAGAGACAGACUCAAGUCUUACGAGCUCGAGCUCGAGAAAACCAGCAAGUUCCUCAAAGACGUCAUCAAAGACGGAAACAACGUCAUUACCGCCAUCAAAGGCUACUCUCUGGCUGUGCAGAAGUUCUCUCAAACCCUGCAGACGUUCCAGUUCACCUUCAUCGGCGACACACUCACUGAUGACGAGAUAAACAUCGCCGAGUCGUUCCGUGAGUUCGCUGGCCUCCUGCAGGAAGUGGAGGAAGACAGAAUGAUGCUGGUACAGAAUGCUUGUGAUCUGCUCAUUAAACCUUUGGAGAAGUUUAGGAAAGAUCAAAUCAGUGUCACUAAAGAACGGCGUAAAAAAUUUGAGAAGGAAAGCGAGAAAUAUUACUCUCAACUGGACAAACACCUGAACCUGUCGUCUAAAAAGAAAGAAACACAACUACAGGAGGCAGAUGAACAGCUGGAGAAGGAGCGACAGAUGUUUUACGAGUCGUCAGUGGAAUACGUUUAUCAGAUCCAACAGGUUGAAGACAGGAAGAAGUUUGACAUUGUGGAGCCUGUGUUAGCAUUCCUGCAGAGUAUUCUGACUCUGAAUAAUCUGACAGUGGAGAUGACUCAGGACUUUCUGCCGUACAAACAAGAACUUCAGCUCAGCCUGCAGAAUACCCGUAAUCACUUUGAGAGCACACGGGAGGAGAUGGAGGAGCUGAUGAAGAAGAUGAAGCAGCCAAAAUCUGUGUGGCAGCAUCAGCAGCCAACCAUCGAGGGCUACCUGUACAUCCAUGAGAAAUGGGCCUUGGGAAUGACCUGGGUGAGGUAUUACUGCAGAUAUAUGAAGAACAAUAAACUGUUAGUGAUGCUGCCGACUGAACAGAAGCCUGGGACCAAACAGGUUCCUCUGGAACUCACCCUGAAGUUGUGUAUUCGGCGUAAAAGUGAGUCCAUCGAUAAACGGUUCUGCUUCGACAUCGAAACUCACGAAAGGCCGUUGGUGACACUGCAGGCGAUGUCCGAGUUGAACAGGAAGCAGUGGAUCGAGGCGAUGGAUGGAAAAGAACCCAUCUAUUAUUCCCCGAUUCAGAAACAAGCUGAAAUGAAGCUGAAUGAGGUCGGGUUCAAGUUUGUGAGGAAAUGCAUCAACGUCAUCGAGGCCAAAGGUCUGAAUCAGGAAGGGGUUUACAGGACCGUCGGCAGCAACAUCCAAGUGCAGAAACUGCUGACCUCCUUCUUUGACUCUAAAUGUCCUGGUGACGUGGAUUUGAACAGCAUUGAGUUGGACAUCAAAACCAUUACCAGCGCCAUGAAGUUCUAUUUGCGGAGCUUGAGUGAACCACUCAUGACCUACAGUCUACACAGGGAACUUAUCAGUGCAGCAAAAUUGGAGAAUUUAGAUUACCGCUUGGGGGCAGUGCACUCUCUAGUGUACAAACUGCCAGAACAGAACCGUGAGAUGCUACAACUGCUCAUCAAACACCUGGUCAGCGUGUGUAGUCAAAGCAGCACGAAUCUGAUGACGCCGUCCAACAUGGGCGUGAUCUUCGGCCCCACCCUGCUCCGAGCCGAGGAGGAAACGGUGGCGGCCAUGUUGGAUAUCAAAUUCCAGAACAUAGUCAUCGAGAUCCUGAUCGAGGACUACAAGAAGAUCUUCAGUGGUCCUCCUGAGGAAAGCUCCGCCCGUCCUGUCCCGCCCCCGAGGGUGGCAAGACGACAGCCAAUCACCAUCUCCAAAAGGCCUCCGAGGCUUUACACUGCGCUACAGCUGCCGCUCUUCGAGAGUCCAGAACAGAACGGUGCAGCACAAAACGGUUCUGAUUCCGGAGGCGACGUCACCGGCGCCAGUCCGCUCCCACCUCAGAGAAUGAAAUUAACCCCUCCCACCAUGCCACCACCUUCCGUCCCUUCAUCUCGGGUUCCUCCUCAGCGCCAAGCCGUCAUCCCGUCCACCAAACCCUCCGUCCAGCAGGAGCGCUUCUCUGAAUCCGAUGUCUCCAAGAUGGUUUUUAGGAUCCAGGACAGUGCUCAGUGGCUGGACAACGGCGAACCGAGGACCACAGUGGGCCGGACGCAAUCAUUCCAGUCCAGGACACCUUCGCAGCGGGUCGUCCCGGCAACCAGAGACGCUGAGAGCGAUGUGGUGAAAAGUCGACCUGCUGCAGAGAAAAGUGCCAUCUGUCGACCCCCGACACGCCCCCCAGACCCCCCCUCACGCUGUCUGACCAAUCAGAAGGCUCAAAAUGAAGACACAUCAGCAUCAUAUGUUGCUUCCAAAACAAAGUUUUUUGAAAAUGCUUCCAGACAGACUGGAAGUUCAUCAGCGAGCGGCGAUCUGCCGAGAUGAGACGCGACGUCACUCGCUUCUGAUUAACAGAGCUCUAAAGAAGAAAUUCAGAAGUUCAUCAUUACUAUUAUUAAUUAUUAUUAUAAUUAUUAUAAUCACGUUUGUGUUAAGGAUAACAUAUGCACACACACACACACACACACACACACACACACACACACACACACACACA